AUGGAACGAAAAAAUGCCAAAGAAAUUGUCAAAUCGAAACACGUUGAAAAAAAGAAAAAAAUUCCUGAUGACACCUCCUCAGAAGACGAUUCUGAAUCUGGUAGCAAGACGUCCUCAAGCUCCAGUCAUCAUCAUAUUCCUAAAAAACAUAAAACGUCAAGGAGGUCGAGGUCAUCUAUGAAAAAGCAUGAAAAAGUUCCUGCACAGGAGAUUUCUGACCAGGAAUCCGAUGAGAGUGUUCCUCAAGUGUCGGCCCCCCAGGACUCCCAGGAUAGGCCUUCCAAAGAGCCCGAACCAGUAUAUAUAGUAACAAUUUUUGCAUUUUGUUGUACGUCUUUUAAAACAUAUAUUAUAAUUUUUUUUUUAUAUAGCGUUCUGCGCCUCAGCUCACGCCCACAAGAGGCAGACCCAGUAUUCGUGGCAGAGGACGUGGUAGCGGUGGCACUCGGCCUGGUCUGGCUGAUGAAGGGCAGGGCUGCUCUUUGGGAUAAGUACGACCAGAAUCACGCCAAGCGUGAGUACUGCCGGGCUCUUUGGAUGGAGGUAUACACCUGGGAGGACCUGUCCACACAUGAGCAAUGGAUUGGCGGUGAUAGAAUAAAAAAUCACUGGCACUCCAUCAGGGACCCGCACAUGAGGGACUUAAGGGAGGAGGAACAAAGGCCCAGUGGAACUGGGGCCUCCCACAAAACACCAUAUGUCCACCGCCCACUCCUCGGAUUCCUGCAAAAAUGCCAUGAAAUGCGGAAAACACAAUCCAGUGUCAACAUGGCUCCAUUGCCACCACCUGGACCCUCCUCACCCCCCUCCCAACCCCUCCCUGGCCCAUCCCCUGACACUGCUGAUCAGGGGCAAGACAGCAAGUGAUCCUGGACAAUCUCAUAAAG